CAUAAGUCUGAUUUGGAUUGUGCACAACAUCCGUAAUUUGAACCGUGCGAUAAAGUACUAACAUAGUUCUAUCUUUCUAAUAAAAAUGUCUCCUUCCCCUUGUACAGAUAAUGUCCAGAAAACAAGAGGUCCAAAAUACUGGAAGCCUGCGCAACUAAAAUUCUGGUCCUGAAGAGCCCCCUUUCUCCCUUGGUUCCCUUGAUUGUUUUCCAACCCAUACAAUGCAAACACAUGCUUCCACUGUCAUGAAAAGAUGAUUGCCCUCAAAUUCAUUCAUCCUUCCACUCCUACCAAUAUCAAGUAUAAUAUCCACAGCAGCAGAAUCCUCAACACAAAAGGUUAUACUAUAUGUCUCUGCAAGUCCAAUGAAUCUGAUUCUCAAGCUCCCCAACCAGGAGAUAUACGUAAACAAGAACUGCUAGCACAAAUUGCCAUUCUUCAAACUCAAAAAGUCCGACUCACAAAUUAUCUAGACGAUAGAUCUGCAUAUUUAGCCAAAUUUGGUGAAGAAGCCAAGGCUGAGUUUGACAAGAUUGGAGAAGAUGCCCUCCAAGAAUUAGAUGAAGCUAGUGCCAGAAUAACAGCAAACAUAGAGAGCCAGAAGGUAGAGUUUGAGGAAUCUGCAGAACUCUUCAGACAAGAGAUUAAGGAGCGCGAAAAGGAACUGCAUGAAUUUGAAGUUCAAAUGGAGGAUGGAAGAAACGAAGGGCUAUUCUUUAAGAACCUUAGAAAGAAAGCACCUGUUGACAUAGCAAAAGCUAAAGAGGAGGCGGAAAAAAUAAAAAAUGUAACCAGAGAAAAAGCUGGUAGCAGAACAAGAAAAGGCAUUUACCUCUUCUUUAUUGGCCUUCUUACCUUUGCAAUAGUUGAUUCUAUUGCCUCACCAUCAACUGAUUGGAGGAAGGAAGCAGUUCUUGGAGCUAUUGUUCUGGCUUUAGUUUCUCAGCUCAUCUAUGAACAGUCGAUGUCAUCAGAAACUGGAAAAAUAAGAAAGGCCAAUACUGAAGAGAAAAAGAACUGA